AACUUUAACAUCCGGAUUAUUAGGAUUGAGCGGCACACUGAAACUCUGAUGGAAAAAAUAGGAAUUUGAAGUCUAUAGAAUAGCAAUGGUGUAUUCAUCUUCUUCAAUUCGAGCUUUUGGUUCAUUCCUCUGCAGAUUCUCAAAUGGGGUUUAUCUUAAACCCCACCAUUCUUGCACUCUCAAAAGUGGUUUUUUGAUGAGUGGGAAAAUUUUGUCUUCUUCAUGGUAUCCGUCUUCUGAUAAAUGGGUCUUGCCUUUGGAUCUUCAAUCUAGCAAUUCAAUGAGAAAGAUUUGGACUUUCUCUCCUCUCUGUAUGGGCAGGCGCUCCUGCAAAAUUGCUGGUAGAAAGACUGCUCAGGAUCUUAAGAAGGCAAAGCUGUACUCAAAAAUCGGGAAGGAAAUUGUUUCUGCGGUUAAGAAAGGUGGUCCCAGUCCAAUAUCUAAUACGGCUCUCGCUGCUCUGAUCGAGAAAGUUAAGGAACUUGAUAUACCCAAAGACAUUGUUGACCGCAAUGUUAAGAGAGCUUCAGAAAAGGGACAGGAAGCUUUUAUCGAGAAGAUCUAUGAGGUGUAUGGUUAUGGUGGAGUUGGUAUCAUCCUUGAGGUCUUAACAGAUAAAGUAAACAGGUCAGUGGCAGCAGUUCGAGAGGUGGUGAAGGAUAAUGGUGGAAAGAUGGCAGAUCCAGGAUCCAUUAUGUUCAAGUUCCGACGUGCUCGGGUUGCUAAUGUAAAAGUCACCGAUGUCGGCCGGGACCAGCUCUUAACAAUUGCUUUAGAUGCUGGUGCUGAAGAUAUCAUUGAACCUUCAAUGGAUGAAUAUGAUACCGAAGCAGAUUCAUCUGAGAGUAGGGUUUACAAAGUCGUGUCUUCAGCGGAGAACUAUCCAGUAAUAUUAUCAAAGCUACAAGAGGAAGGAAUUAAAUUUAAACCUGACAAUGGAUCUGAGCUACUUCCUACAACUCCAAUUGAGGUAGAUGAUGAGGCUAUGGAGUUGAACAAAGAACUAAUGUCCAAAUUACUUGAACUUGAUGAUGUUGAUGCUGUGUAUACAGAUCAAAAGUAUUAGGUUAUUGUUCCACUUAACAGUGGCAUGAACACCUAACAGCUGGUCGUUGAGGCUGUUGAAGAAUGCUAAACGACAUUCAGAACAUUAGAAUCCUGUAGUCAAGUAAAUCACAUACGGUGUCACCUAGCUGUUUUACUUCAAAGAAUAUACCAAUCUUCCCAUCUUAGGAACACAUUGCUGUUUGGUCCAAUUUGAUCAUUGGGUUUGAUCUUUCAACUGAUAAAAGGAAUUUUUAGAUGCAUUGGUAACUCAAUAAUAUUGCUCCCUUUUGUUUGUAAAUGACAGUGCUUUAAAAAUAUAAUCUGAAGUUGCAAGUCAUAUUGGCAAUAAAAUACUGUUGGUAUCUCCUUAACAGCUA